UGUCCAACAUUGGUAAGUUAUUGUUCUCUUCUAAUACAUUUACAAUAAGCUUCAAUUAUUUACAAUAAUCAAUUAUUAUUACUGUAUUAAUAGGCUGAAAUGGGACAACCUGGAGGUUACCCAAACAGGAAACCAAGCUCAAGCCAGCCACCAUUGUCUAGCCAACCAUCAAGCUCAAGCCAGCCACCAUUGUUUAGCCAACCAUCAAGCUCAAGCCAGCUACCUCUUUUUAGCCAACCAUCAAGCUCAAGUCAGCCACCACUUUUUAGUAGACCAUCAAGCUCAAGUCAGCCACCAGUAUUCAAUCAUCAAGGCAGUUCUAUGUGUUUUGAUUCUUCAGCUGUUAGAAGAGAGCAAAAACCUGCUAAAAGCAGAGGCACAUGCAGAGGCACUGGGAGAGGUACUGACAGAGGAAAUGGUAGAGGCACUGGUACAGGCACUGGCACUGCCAGUGAAAUUGGAAGAGGCAGUGUUUUCAACAUUGGAGGUGUAUCAAGUCAGCAACCUGAUCAACCCAGGGCCGUGGAAGCUUCAAUAUCAACAGGAAGACAAAAAAGGACCAAGACCAUAGGAUUUGGCAUCUAUACAAAUGCAAGUGGUAGUCAAACCUUUAAUGUAAGUGUAUAUAUUAAAGUCUCAUUUUAAGAUAUUUCCAUGCAGCCUGGUACUUCAGGAGAAAAAGUUAUCAAUUCGAGAGUUUAUAAAGAUGCAUCUCCAACAAAUAUUGAUAUUGGUUAUAAGCCUCGAGGACUCAAGUGGAAUGGUGGAGAUGUUGUCAC